AUACUGGUAGACCUCGUGUGGUAGGCUUGUUGAGGAACAACCUUUACUCAAGUCUUUACAUAGAAAAAAAAAAGAAAAUUAGGCAAAACUCCCUUGACAGUUCAAGAGUCUUCAAGUGAUUUUUGUUCAACCCUAUAUAAAUACUGCCUAAAACUGCUCAUCGGCCUGGCUUGCCAUGACACUAAUUGGUCGGUCAGUUUGGACAAAGAUGUCACCGUUAUGCCAUUUUCAAAUCCUUUAUGAUGAAGUAAACCACGGUGUUAUCGGAACCUUCCUGAAUCACUCUAAUUAGAGCUAAUUGCCUGCGCCAGACGCGGCCUAUGCGUAUUCUCUCCCUUCCUCUGUCAGACAAGUGCGCACACAACAACCGACAAUUGCAACCUUCAACAAGCCUUAACCCAUCCCGCAAUUACUUUAGACCCGGAAAGUCCAUCGUUAGUAGUCUCGGUCUUUUUUCCUGAUCGGAUAACAUACUUUUCUCCUUGAAUUGUUGCAUCCGCAGAGUACCGUCAUUAGAAAAAUAUAUCUUGCUCUAAAAUAUAACAGUGUGCUUGUCUUUAUGAUAAGGCGUGAUCGCGGUAACGACAGUACCGAACCUUUUUUUUGGGGAAGCGGGGCUUUUGGGACUGAUUAUGACCAGCGAUACAGCAGCGUAAGCAAUAUAGCAAACACACGAAAUCAUGGUAACGGGGAAAAACAUAACAAUCUAGCCAAUUAAUGUGCUAAAAUAAUAAUGGAGCCGCUCCCCGGUACUCGCCCAGUUCGACAGCUUAGUUUACCACUUGCCUCUCAUUCAAACGCUUGCAAACAUCGAAAACUGUUUAACGAUGGCUAGCACGUAUGACGUCAGCGUCAUACAAAGCGUCACCCGUAAACAGUUAGAACUAGCUCCUUCAUUUCUAUCGACCAAAGUUAUCUACUGGUAAUUAUUAUAUAUAAGAUAUCCGUAAUGGCAACACCUAUAGCUGCUGCUGCCACUGGCCAUAAACACUGACUACAGGCAGUUUGUUGGUACUGGCUAUCACUGGCCUCCAUCUUUAUAUAUUUGACAUCGAUGACACAGUCGCCUAGCCCUUUCCGACAAACGGCCAUACGUCUACUGCUGCUGUUAACGCAUCUGUUUUCUACUCUCAUGUAUGAAACUCUCUGGCGCGAUUUAGCCUGCCGUCAGCCGCCAUCCAUCACUGCUAGCGUCUUCUUCAACUGCAGCGGCGGUCCGUCUCUUCCCCAUUUUCCCUCGUUUUUUCUUCCUGUUUGCUUACCUCCGGGGUCUAAACGACGUAUUGGCCUUGGUCCAUUGCUACAGGUAAGGAUCAACAGCUUAUUCGACGGCAUUGAGAAGCGUCCUAUUUGUCCGCUAGCGGCGCAUCGGCAAUACUGGCGUUGCUAGGUCUGCCCUUGUUUCUGCAGCGGCCAAUCCAUCUUCUAUUCUACUCAGUUGUCAGUCGCUGCUGUUUAGUGUAUCUUUGUGUCUGUUCUGAUGAGGCUCAAGAGACUGAGUAAAUGAGCCACAUAGCUAGUACUUAGAAAGUGGCAGCAGUAGCUGUGCUGGUGCCGCAGCAGCGAGGGGUGGCUGCACCAAGUGAUAUCUCUCUGCAGCUUUGGCUAGCACAAAACUCGCAACUGCUGCUCCCCAACUGCGGGUAACCGUGUUUGACGAGAAGGCUUAUGAUUCAUUGUCGAUGUUGCCGUCAGCGGCGGCACGGAUGCUGUUGUUGGUGUCAAAACAAAACAAAAAUGGCGUCGUCCAUGUCGUGUUGAGGAUACAGUCAUAGGCGAUGAAUACUGGUGCUGGUUUUUGCCGUUGCUGUUAGGAAAGUUGGCGAGAAAGCGAGGAACUACAGAGAGAAUAUCGCAAAAGCUGUGGCAUGGAGAAGAGCGUUUACCGAGCUAAUCCGGUUGUGUGAGAAAUAAAUAUUGUAGAGUUGCAGGUGGACUAAUGGACGGUGGGAUAGAUUUAGCAGAACGGGUUUAACAUGAUCCACAAUGGCCGUUACGAAUGGAGGAGGCCCAGGAGAGAAGAAUAGUGAAGUGGUGCACGACGGUAGCUGAUGGCUGUUCGUGUUUAGAGAGGAGGAAGUAGAAAGUGUCGUGGCCAGUCCAGGCCACUGCUGCUAUCGUUGCGGCUGUCGCCGUGAAGUGAAAGGGGGACCGAGAAAAACCAGAAAUUUGGUGGUGACCCGCCAGUGGUGGUGAGUGUCAAUCAUCGAAUUCACACCGAAACUACUUGUAGAGUAUGAAGCGUGUUGGUUGGUACUCUCCGACCACGUUGUGAGUAGUAAGAGGAGCGUGAACUAACUUCGUAGAUGAGUACCAAUGAGAGAGGUCAAUAGUAGCCGUCGGAGACUGGCAUUGUGUAGGUGUGUGUGUUGCUGACAGUGUGAUACUGCUGUGCUGCCAAUCACCAUAGGUGAAAGUUAGCCACAACUGCCGUUACCAACUAAAUCGCUGAAGUUGUAGUAGUAGUAGUGGUGCUGAUAGCUAUACGACUGAUAGCAAUCGUUAAUACCACAACUAUACAAUUAUCUAUACAGACUGCGCCAUCUUAUACCCGACGUUGCCGCGCCUUGCUCCCAAAACGCCUUCAUUUGUAACUACUUUGGAACUGGGUCCAGCAGCUGGCGCCUGUUCAGCCGGUUCUCGAGACAAUGUCGAAAUACGAGAGUUGGCAAGAUGUGCUCGAUGACACCUGUGAACGACUGCGGGCUAAUGGCGCCUUGCAGAAGGGCUUUAAAUCGCUAACGUGCAAUGCUGACCGGAUACUUUUCUGUCUACAGGAAAGCUUAACGCAGACACGUGUAGACGAGUGGCUAGAGGUUUUAUGCUCGGCGCGCCACAAAAAGUUUUGGGAGAAGGCGUUCGAACUCCGCUCGGAAGGCAACCUGUGUUUCGGUGUUCAGCGGUAUCGAGAGGCAGCGGAGUAUUAUACUAGAAGUAUUCUCUGUGCGCCAUUUCCUGCUGUAUGUACUAAUGGCCCAAACCAGGGUCAUGCCGAAGAGCUCGCACUAAGUUUUGCCAACCGUUCCGCUGCAUGGUUCUACUUGAAUAAGUUCUCGCUCGCCUUACGUGACAUCGAACAGGCGCUUCAAUAUGAUUACCCGGCCAAUCUCCGCUAUAAACUGCAUCUUCGUCAAGCGCAGUGCCUUCUAAAGACGGCAUCAUUUGAGGCUGCGCAGGUAACGCUCACCGAUGCUGAGAUGGCUCUCGAUUUAUCGGGAUUGGACGAAGAGAAACUCGGGAAGCAGGCUCGUGAAAUUGAGAUGCUACGCCACAAAUGCUCAUCAAAAAUACCCGUUGAAGAGGAACUAGAAACUGAUGACGAAACGGACGAAGACGAACUAGUCCAACCUUCACCACACACAACAAUUCCAAAUGCUUCAUCCGCCUUGGACUCGUUGUACUCGACGGAAAAAGGCCGCUUUAUCGUGGCCAACCGUGACCUUCGUCCGGGGGAUAACCUCUUUGUCGAGCGACCUUACGCAUCGGUCCUACUUCCAUCGUUUUCAAAGACCCAUUGUCAUCACUGUUACAAGCGAAUCAGAGCCGCCUACCCAUGCCAACAGUGCGCGCAAGUUCGCUUCUGUUCGACGCGUUGUGCUCAGAAGGCUUGGGAGAAUUACCAUCGGGCAGAAUGCGGCUAUCUCGAUCUCCUGACAUCUGUAGGCAUUGCCCAUUUAGCUGAACGGGUUGUACUUAUUACGGGUAUUGGAUUGCUUGAGGACUUUAUGAAGUCGCGAAGCAGCCUUGAGUGUAGCUACCUUCCGGUAUAUCAGCUCAUUACCCAUGAAGAGGACAUGCAUAUCGAGGACCUUUUCCAGUACUCUCUUACCGCCACUCUUCUGCUCAAGUUUCUCGAACGGCAUACGACGUUCUUCACAACGACUCAAUUGUCAGAACGUGUACAAAAUUUGCAGCUGCGGGCCGGCGUCUGCUCCAGUAACCGUCAUUCGCUGAGAGGUUACAUUCGUUCGGAGUGCAGUCCGCAACUGAAGCUUUAUGUCGGAGGUCUUCUUUUACGCCAUAUUGAGCAAUUGAUCUGCAAUGCUCACGCCAUUACAACGAUCCAACAACCGGGUGAUAACGUCAUUGAGGAGGACGGGAUAAUCCUCGAGCAAGAGCAGGUUCGUGUUGCAACAGCUAUUUACCCAUCAGCAAGCCUGAUGAACCACUCUUGUGAACCGAACAUUACUUCGGGCUUUCGCUUUGGAUCGACACUCGUUGUGAAAGCCAUACGUACUAUUGCAGCCGGCGAGGAAGUAUUCAAUUGUUAUGGGCCCCACUACAGAAGAAUGCCGUUCCAGGAGCGACAGACAGCUUUACUCGAACAAUACUUUUUCCACUGCGAUUGUACAGCUUGCCGUAGAGGAGACGUCGAUGAUCAGAUAUUGAUGGCACUUCGCUGUGAAUACUGUGAAGGCCCUUUGUCAUCGGUGGCAUCCUCCGGGAAAGCGGAUUGUUUGCAGUGCCACACGACGCAAGAGUGUCUUGAAAAAGAACAGAAAGCAUUUCAGAUGCACGAUCUAUUUGUGCAGGGCGUCCAGCUAGCUGAAAUUGAAAGUUACGGAGAGGCUUUGGACCGUCUCCAGCGAUGUCUUGCUGCCAGAGAGAAGCUGCUAUAUCGGCACAAUAAACAGUUAAUGGAAACGAGAGACAUGGUUGCUAAAUGUUUGUGCGCCCUGCAAAGGUUCCGCGAGGCUGUUGGACCUCUCAAAUUGGCCAUCGAGAGUGUUCGUUUUGUCUACGGCAAACAUAGUAUUGAACUUGGUAAUGAACUGUUAAAAUAUGGCGAUGUACUAAUGAACGCCACGCAGGAGUCGUUUGCACGGAGUGGUUAUUCACGGGAGCUAGCCACACUGAUUGGUGACACCAAGCGUGUUCUUCUGCAGACCGAGCCGAUAUUCUUACUUCAUUAUGGCAAAGCACAUCCUGCCAUUAAAGAACUUGCUGGCAAGCGAGCAAAACUCGAUCAGUUUAUCGCUAGGUUUAAAUCGCCAAGCCCGUCAGAGCAGCGGGAUUAAGGGAGAGAUAAUGACUCGAAGUAAUCGAUCUGUAUCAUUUGUAGUGAGAAUAAGGUCCUGUGAUGUGAAAAAGGUGGAGGAUAGUAAAGUUUUUCCUUGUUGAAACCUCGCCUAAAGGUUAAUCACCGUUGUAUUUUCAUAUGAUAACUUGUUGCGGGUGCAUUUUUUGCGAAAUGUAUAAGGCGACGUAAAAAAGAAGUAAAAAUUUACCGAUAAAAGUAAACAAGUCGAUUAUAUACAAGAUGUAGGUGCUGUUGGCAUGCUGUAUACCUACUGUCCGGUUUCAUAGAAACAUUUAUCCAUAGAAAAAGUGACUUCUUUUUUUGUCUAAAACUACUUGAAAAUACACCAAAAAUAUAAGGUUUUCAAGGCGCGUA